AGGUCCGGGGAAAUGACGUCGGUGAUCCGACACGUCACGCGUCUCCGGGUGACAGGCGUUCCUCAGAGUUCUGCACGGUUCGCGUGAACGGCAGCCACUUUCUUUUUUCGUCUCAACGGCCAUGGACGACUGGCAGACGACGUUCUCGUUUCUCGCCGACGCUGGCGACGUCCGCGGACGCUCUGUUCUUGGCUCCCCCAUCGACGUCCCCGGCAUCCAGGUCCCCACCCCGCCGGAAUCCCACAAAGGGACGCCGAUAGACGAGCCGACCGAGGCCCAGACCCAGAUCCAUGACGUCCCGACGGUCUCUGUGUCGACCACGUUCCACGCCGCCUCCCAGUUGCGCGCACGGCCGCCCGACAUCAUCCUCGUCUCCGAGGACGGUGUCUACUUCUACCUUCAUCAGGAUGUCCUACUCUCAUCCUCGGAUAAUGCCUUCGAUGGCCUUGUCCCCGCCGCGCCGCUCGACGGCCAGCCUCCAGUCACUCGCAUCAGCGACUCCAGCCAGGUCUUCAAUGUCAUCGCGCACACCGUAUACGACAUGGCCUGCGCCCACUACUCGCCCGCGUUUGACACGCUGGUCACUGCUGUACACCGUCUCCCCGCAUACGGUGUCAGCGUGCGCUCCCGCCUAGCGCCUGGCACGCCACUUUACGCCCUCCUUCUCUGUCACUCACCCUUACGUCCGCUCGACACCUACGCCCUCGCCGCGCAAUACGACCUCUUCGACCUCGCUCAGGCCACCAGCAGCCACUUACUCUCGCUUCCGCUAUACACGGUAUCGGACGAGAUGGCUCAGCGUAUAGGCCCUGUCUACCUCAAGCGCCUCUUCUUCUUGCAUUUCGGCCGCACGGAGGCAUUGAAACGCAUCCUCUUGCAGCCUCCGCACCCGCACCCGCCCACCCCUUGGUGCGAUUUUACGGAGCAGAAGAAGCUAGUACGCGCUUGGGCUCUCGCUACCGCCUACCUCGCAUGGGAGGCCCGUCCUGAUCUCUCGACAAGCACGAUUGAGUCUUCACUCAAUCCGCUCGCCGAGCACCUGACGUGCGACGAGUGCCUCAAGACCCUCACUGAACGCAUCAAGAACCUCUUGAUACAAUGGUCGCUUGUCAAGGUGCGUCGCUCCUCACACACCCUCCUCGGCACCUAUACUGAUCAUCACCUGCCCUCUCCAGCGCACGAUAUGACGUCUCCGACCACCAAAACUCCUCGCAUUCACGCCCUCGCUUUGCCAUGACCUGUAUUGAUAGUCCCACGAAACCCCCGACCCCGAUCCCCACACACGCACACGCAUCUCUUAGAACCCUUCGCCGGAGUCCCUUUUCUUCCCCGGUUCCCACUCUUCCUCUCCCCUUUCCCCCAGUCGACCCUCUCGAACACACGCACGCUCUCGCUGUCGUAUUUAUUCGCUCGGGAUACCUGGGCGCCCGCGCGCCCGCUCGCAUCAUCGCACCAACCUCGCAUUCGUACGCCGCCCUAUACACGGACUGGCAGGCGUGCAUCUGUAUCACUUACGGUUUCUCCCCUCUUGUUCUGAGUUACUCUAACGCAUACCAGCCAUAUAACCCAGAAUACGGACUUCCCCGGCUAGUUAUCGACUCGGCUACGAUACCAGUUCCCGACUUGCGUAGUCCCCGACUCAGCUAGCUACUGGCAUCCUCACUCUUACCUUCUCCACCCAGCCUCGUCACACACGCACCCGAG